ACUUGGAGAGAGAGCAGAUGAACGGCGCUCCUUUAGUCAGUCAGUAAGAGAAGCCUCCUCCUCCCUCUCUCUCUCUCUGUGGUGUGGAGGAGUGGAGGACCGCGGCAAGGCAUCGCCUCACCGGCUGGGCUGCUUAGCUACAGCCCGAAACUCAGACAGCCAGGCGAAUAGCACCUUAUAAACACCGUGUGAGAGAUCCCUGAACAAGAAAUAGGCGACGACUGGAUGUUUUACAGAACGGAUGCGUGAGGACAUGUCGAGCGUGGUGUGUGUGAAGGAGGUGGAGGGGCAGGGCGACCCUGCGGAGAAGUUGUCCCAGGAUGAGCUGCUCUGUCGGACGCGGGAGGUGAUGCAGGGGCUGGAGGCUCUCCGGGCCGAACACCAGGCCAUCCUUGAAGGGCUGCUGGGGACCCUGCGCUGCCUCAAACAGAGCCAGGAGGGCCGCGCUGUUGAGGAGAAGACAGCCAUGAUCCAGCGCUCAAUGGAGAUGCUGGAGCUGGGCCUCAGUGAAGCACAGGUGAUGAUGGCUCUUUCAGGGCACCUGAGCGCAGUGGAGGCUGAGAAACAGAAGCUUCGGGCACAGGUGCGGCGGCUGUGUCAGGAGAACCAGUGGCUGCGAGAUGAGCUUGCUGGCACACAGCAGCGGUUGCAGAAGAGCGAGCAGAGCGUGGCCCAGCUGGAGGAGGAGAAGAAGCACCUGGAGUUCAUGAACCAGCUCAAAAAAUAUGACCAGGACCUCAGCCCAACAGAUGAUAAAGACUCCGACUCCAGCAGGGAGACUCUAGAUGAUCUUUUCCCUGAUGAACAGGAUGAGCCCGGCCCUGGCAUCCAGCCUCCACACAGUAGCGCAGUAGCAGCAGCACAGCAGGGAGGCUACGAGAUCCCAGCCCGGCUCCGAACUCUUCAUAAUCUAGUGAUCCAGUAUGCCUCUCAGGGCCGCUAUGAGGUGGCAGUGCCACUCUGCAAACAGGCCCUGGAAGACCUGGAGAAGACCUCAGGGCACGACCACCCAGAUGUCGCCACCAUGCUCAACAUCCUCGCCCUCGUCUAUAGGGACCAGAAUAAAUACAAAGAGGCUGCAAACCUUCUAAAUGAUGCACUUGCUAUCAGAGAGAAAACACUGGGAAAAGACCACCCUGCGGUGGCGGCGACACUGAAUAACUUGGCCGUACUUUACGGUAAGCGAGGGAAGUACAAGGAGGCAGAGCCACUGUGCAAAAGAGCACUAGAGAUCAGAGAGAAGGUGCUGGGGAAGGACCACCCUGAUGUGGCAAAACAGCUCAAUAACCUGGCCUUGCUGUGUCAGAACCAGGGCAAGUAUGAGGAGGUGGAGUAUUACUACCAGAGAGCCCUUGAAAUCUACCAGACCAAACUGGGUCCUGAUGACCCUAAUGUGGCCAAAACCAAAAACAAUCUGGCCUCAUGUUAUUUGAAGCAGGGGAAGUUUAAGCUAGCAGAGACUCUGUAUAAGGAGAUCCUCACACGAGCUCAUGAGAGAGAGUUUGGUUCUGUGGACGAUGAGAACAAGCCCAUCUGGAUGCAUGCAGAGGAGAGAGAGGAACAGAGCAAGGGCAAGCAGAAGGACGGAUCUCCAUUUGGAGAGUAUGGUGGCUGGUACAAGGCUUGCAAAGUGGACAGCCCCACAGUGACAACCACGCUGAAGAACCUGGGUGCUCUCUACAGGCGGCAAGGCAAAUUCGAGGCUGCUGAAACUCUGGAAGAGGCUGCUAUGCGCUCCCGAAAACAGGGUCUGGACACAGCCCAUAAGCAGCGUGUGGCAGAGGUGCUGGGGGAUCCAGAGGCUCGGGAGAAACAGCGCAGCAGAGAGAGCCUGACCUCUGACACGGUGAAGUACGAGAGCGGCCCUGAUGGAGGAGAGGAAGUGAGUAUGAGCGUUGAGUGGAAUGGGGAUGGCUCAGGCUCAUUGAAGCGCAGCGGUUCCUUCAGUAAACUCCGGGCCUCAAUCCGCCGCAGUAGCGAGAAACUCGUCCGUAAACUCAAAGGAGGCAGCUCACGAGAAAAUGAACCCAAGAACCCCUGGUCCAUGAAGAGGGCCAGUUCACUGGGGGUUCUCAACGAUCCGGACAAACCUGUGGGAGAACUCUUUAAAGAGCGAAAUAAUCGUCUGAGGAUGAGUCGGGACCUGAGUGCCAGUCACACUAAUCUGGCGCAUUGAAGGUCUACAUGGGACGUCCUGAAGGAGAGGGUUACAGACAGGUGAUGGAAUUUGGGCAGCCUCUACAACCUUCUCUCCCAGCCUCAAAACCUUUCUUUAGACAGGACAGCUGACCCUUACCUUUACUUUCCAAAUUCAGUGCACAAAUGUAACACAUACGAAUAUGUGCAACUAACAAUCAUGCAUUCUCCACUCACUCCCAGCCUAAUCAGAGCGAGCCAGAAUUCAGCUGCAGGCAAAAUGCCAUCUUCCAAAUUGAGUACCUGAAGUAAAAUUGAACCCUGUCAGCACACUCUUCACGCUCAGGUUGGGGAUUGACACAUUCACUGCACUUUUGACCCAGUGAUGUUGCUGGUUCUGCUUUUUUUUGUUCAUUUUUCCUGUAUGUGUUUUUAAAUGUCACACAUGUGAGCUAUAUAUGUGUCUCUGAAGGAUUUGGUAACUUGAGACUGUGUGAUUUGGAUAUGUGCUUAUAGGUAUGGAAAUAGUCUGUAUGGCUUUUCCUUUUUUGGUUUGUUUUGUUUUCUACCCGAUUUGGUUAUGUAAAAUAAUGCCACUGACAACCCGAACAUUUACAUUUGGUAGUCUUUUCUGUAACAUUAGAAGUCCAGCUUCAUGAGAAUUUUGUCCCGAAACAACUUUAUCUCUAAUUUAUUUCCUUGAUAUAUUGUGAUAUUAUGAAGGUCUCUGUUUACAUUUAGUAAUGCACAUUACUGCGUUAGGUUUUGCUUUUGAUUUUGACGAGUGGUGGUUUUAGAAGUCAUUGACUUAAGAAGCCUUAAAUGGUUUUAGUACCAGUAAGAAGAAUGUGGAUCAAGGGUUUCUCAGGAGUGAAAGAGCAGAGUUUGGAGUACCAAGGAAAACUGCACUUGAUUGAUCUCAUAGAAUUAUGUUAUGGUCAGAAGCCUUUAUCUGUUACAGCAGUAAGUUAAUUUUUUACCUCAGUUUUAUCUGUUACAUUUUUUUAAUAUAAAAUUAUAUUAAAUUGACUUGGGUGAGUUGAUGGACUGGCUCUGUUUAACUCAUCUGACCGUGUGACUAGCUUCUCAGAAUAUCUGUCAGAUAGAUUUGUUUAUGUUUGCAGAUUGACAGUCGAGACGAUCGUUAAUUGUCUCUAUUCAUCAACUCAGCUUCAUUGAUCCACAUGGGGUUAGAAAUACUGUUACACUAUAUAAAAAUGCACUGUAAUGAAAAUUAUAUCCUAAAAGUUUAAACGAACAGCAGGUUGCAAACAGCGUGCCUUGAGAGUGCCUUGAUCAGGUUGCUGCUGAGGGAUGUAGGGGUAUGUACUGAUCGGUAUGUAAAAUAUUAUGAUUAAAAAAUCUCUGUGAUGCUUUUUUCUUUUUCCUGGUUUUCUAAGAAUAAAUAAGUGGGCAAAGUCAGAAAACCAAGUUUGACUCCAAAUUUCUUUUAUUCAAUAAUGUCUGUGAGAAAUGUUUAAGUUCAUUUAAUGCAGGUUUCUUUUUUUUAAUUGCAUGUACCUUCUCUGCAUUGGGCUGCAU